CAGAAGGAGGAAGGAGGAAAGUUCAAGUGUGACGGAGCAGAAAUCCAGUCCAGAAGAUUCCUGUUCGUCUCUGAAAGAAGGUCCAAGCGAGUCCAUCGGGUUUUCCUCCACAACACAGCAGAGUCUCUGAAACACUGAGAACCAACAUGUCUGCUGGCAGCAACCUGAGAUCUGCAGAUCAGUUCCUGUGCUCCAUCUGUCUCGAUGUGUUCACUGAUCCAGUCAGCACACCGUGUGGACACAACUAUUGUAAAACCUGCAUCACUCAUUUCUGGGAUGGUAAUGUUCUCUACAAGUGUCCCAUAUGUCAGGAGACUUUCUACACCAGACCUCAGCUGAAAGUCAACACCUUCAUCAGAGAGAUGGUUUCUGAGUUCAGACGUGAAGCUCAACAGAAAUCCAGCAGCAGCAGCUCAGAGCAACAAGCUGCAGAACCAGGAGAAGUUCCCUGUGACGUCUGCACUGGAACCAGACUGAAGGCCCUGAAGUCCUGCCUGGUGUGUCUGCUGUCCUACUGUGAGACUCACCUGGAGCCUCAUCUGACAGCUUCACGUCUGAAAAGACAUCAGCUGGUGGAGCCUGUGGAGAACCUGGAGGACAGGAUUUGUACGAAGCACGAUAAACCUCUGGAGCUGUUCUGUAAGACCGACCAGACAUGUGUCUGCACGCUCUGCUCUGUUUUAGACCACAAGAAUCAUGAGUUUGUUCCUCUGAGAGAAGAAUAUGAAGGAAAGAAGGCAGAGCUGCAGAAGACAGAGGCUGAGAUUCAGCAGAUGAUCCAGAAGAGACGACUGAAGAUUCAGGAGAUCAGAGCGUCUCUGAAGAUCAGUAACGAUGCUGCAGACAGAGAGAAAGCAGAAGGUGUUCAGGUCUUCACUGAUCUGAAGGAGUCUGUUGAGAGACGUCUGAAGGAGUUCAUGAAGGAGAUGGAAGACAAACAGAAAACUGCAGAGAAACAGGCUGAAGACUUCAUCAAAGAUCUGGAACAGGAAAUCUGUGAGCUGAAGAAGAGGAGCUCUGAGGUGGAGCAGCUCUCACGCUCUGAAGAUCACCUGCACCUCCUCCAAAGAUUCUCAUCCCUGGAAGAUGCUCCACCCACCAAGAACUGGACAGAGGUCAGAGUCCAUCCACCUUCAUAUGAGGGGACUGUGGUGAGAGCUGUGGACCAGCUGGAGAAGAACCUCAGAGAGAAGAUGAAGAAGCUGUUUGAAGCUGAGCUGAGGAGGAUCCAGCAGUUUGAAGCUGAUGUGACUCUUGAUCCUGAUACAGCACAUCCCUGGCUCAUCCUGUCUGAUGAUGGAAAACAAGUCUCUCUUGGUGAUGUGUGGAAGAAUCUCCCAGAUAAUCCAGAGAGAUUCUCCUACUGUGUUAAUGUUUUAGGAAAACAGAGUUUCUCUUCAGGCAGAUUUUAUUUUGAGGUCCAGGUUAAAGGAAAGACUAGCUGGGAUGUUGGAGUGGCCAGAGAGUCGAUCAACAGGAAGGGGAAAAUCACUCUGAGUCCUCAGAGUGGUUACUUGACUGUUAUUCUGAGAAAAGGAAAUGAGUACUUUGCUGCUAAUGAUCCUUCAGUCCGUCUCCAUCCCAGUUCUCCUCCUGAGAAGUUGGGGGUGUUUGUGGAUUAUGAGGAGGGUCUGGUCUCCUUUCAUGAUGUAGAUGCUGCAGCACUUCUCUACUCCUUUACUGGCUGCUCCUUCAGGGAGAAACUCCACCCGUACUUCGGUCCCAUGCUCAAUGAUGGAGGUAAAAACUCUGCUCCUCUGAUCAUCUGUCCUGUCAAUCAAACUGUCUGAUCUUUAAUGUAAUGAAUCUUCAUCAACACUGAAUGUUCAUGUGAAAUGAUUAAAGAUUCACUCUGAUUGAUGGAAACAAAUGUUAUAGUUCCCUCCAAAGUUCUUUCAUCUCAUUAAAGUGAUCAUUUUGUUUGAUUGAUCAUCAUUGGCGUUUCUAGCUUCUUUUGGUGAUACAGCACUGAACCCCAAAAUGUAAGAGAUUUUACAGUAUAUGGUUUAAACGUAAUAUUUUAACAACAAACUACAGCAGCACCCCCCAUGCUAAUAAAAGUGUGUGUAGACAGACAGAAGGCCUUAUUAUUGACAUACAGAUGUUUUUCAGACAAAAAGAUCCAGGUUCAGGUAGGAGUGUAUGAUCACAUGAUGUGACUUCAUUUCUCUUUGCAACCAAAUAUUCAAUUAGAAUGAUGUAAUUUGGAUCAAUUUAUAUUGUUUAUUAGAUAUAAAUUAUUUCAUAUUAUAUAGAUUAUUAUACAGAUUAUUUCAGAUUUGGUUGACAGUACAAAGAAAGAAAGGAGCAGAGAGAGGACUUUAUUUGUAUUUUUAUUAUAAUUUUUUAUAUUAAUUUAAGGAGACAGAGAAGGAUCUUGCAGACCACAAAUAAGAAUGCACCUACUUGUGUGAUGUCAAGGGUCAUCCACCAUGAAUUGCACUUCAAUUAAAUCAAAAUCUUGCUCACUGGUCCAAAUAUUCUUUGAUAAUACGUAUACAUUUUGUUCUUAUAGGUUUCAGUUAAGUUGUAUUUUUCAGUCUGUAAUGUGUAAUGUGAAGUUCUUUCACCUUUUCUUUUAACAUAUUCUGAAUAAUACACUUAAAUUUGGUUUGUUACAUGUUGUUAAAUUACCUUUUAAGGUUUAGACAAAUUAUUCUUCAGAUUUAAACUGGAAAAUGGAAAUGGAUCAAUUUACCCCCAGAUGCAGAUCAACUUACCCUAAACUGGGGCAAGUUGAGCCCCAGCACGCUUAAAGCUCUGAUCCUAGAACCAACCCUGGAUCAUAUUAUUACAUUUUUUUAUUGUA